AUGGAAUUCUACGUCGAUGGUGGAUGCCGAAACAAUGGCUAUACGAAUGCCACCGGACCCGCAGCUGCAUGUCUGAUGGCGAGAAGCGGUAGCUACUGGUCUAAGACGCGCCAUCUAGAUCGCUGGCCUGUCACACCCACCAACCAGCGAGCGGAGAUCGUUGCCAUCAUCAUCGCUCUUGAAUGGGCCUUGGAAAGGUACGACGACCUUAAUGGGUAUCCCCGAUUGCAAGUGACGAUACAUUCCGACUCGAGAUACGCCGUCGGCUGCAUGACGGAUUGGAUCUACAAGUGGUCCCAAAAUGGCUGGGUUAACGCUCGGGGAAACGACGUCGCAAAUCGCGAUCUCAUCCAGGAAGCUUCUGAUCUGGAUGAUCGAGUCAAAGAGCUGGGCAGAGUCGACUAUGUCUUCGUGCCGCGGGAGCAGAACAGGAAUGCGGAUGAGGAAUGCAAUGAGGCGCUGGACGAACAGGAAUGA